GUGUUGCUUUUUUCAUGUGAAAACUCUCGUUUGAUAAUUAGACAUUUAAAAAACGACCAGUUUAUCAAAACAACUGAAUAGGAAUGAGCUUUAACUGUGAUUUCUGGCUGUAAUGGAUCUAUGCAUGUUUUGUAUGUGUUCGAUUAAAAAGUGACUAAGAAUACAGUAUACAUAAUACUAUAAAUAAAAUACAUUUAAAGUACCUUGGAAAAUAUGUUGUUUUUAUUUAUCUACAAAUAAAAACAAAGGUUUAUAAUCUGUACUUUUACGAAAAGUGAAGAAAAAACACACAUACCAUCGCUUUACUGGUAUUAAAAUUAAACGCAUGUGUUUUGCGACAAAUAAAAAACAACGUAUACUGUCAAAAGUUAAAAGGCAAAAAUACAGACAAACAGACUUGAAGGCUACGGCGAUGUAAUUUGGUACAAAUGUGCGUGCAAAACAAAGAAAUAUUUGCUACAGAUACUAUUUCCAUAUCAAGCGCAAAAUACAACAAUAAGGGACAUAUUUCAAGCCUAAGUGUUUUAAAACGCGGAUUAUACCACGAUGUAUAAAGGGGUCCACGUACAGAUUGCAAUGGUUUUAACGAAUAUGAGGAAAUCAUAACUUACUGAUCAAUAUCGUGAAAAGCGCUUGUCAAUCAUCUGCAUUACACUGAUGAGCUGAAGAGGGCGGGCCUUAUCGAUCACGUGAAGGAAGCUAACCACUGGAUUCGCUGAUAACAUUUUGCCGUGGCAGUGACGUAACUUUGGAGCGAUUCAUAUUGAAGGAUACUAGCAAAUACUUGUAUACAACUGAAAUUAAAUGAAUAAGACAGCUUUUUCGAAAUAGUAAUCACAAACGACAAUCGGGAGAUAUCUUCCCGAGAUUAAAUCUCUGCCAAAGAACUCAGGGAUUGUAAAAAAAAGGUUACAAACAGUUUUCUCGUAGUUGUGAAAGCCGUGAAAAACAUAGACUAAAGCACUCAUCAUUACUGCUUAAUUUUUUGAAACGGGUUGCAUUUUGUUUAAAGUUUUUCACACCUUUUUGGAGUAAAGUUUGAGUGGAUUGUCUUUAGCACAAGAUAAUCAAGGUGUCAAACGUGUCAUAGACAGUUGAGAUUUUUUUUCGCCACGGGAAUAUAAAUGGUUCACAGAAAUCGGACUAACUCAGAACAUACGAUUUGUUUGAACUCUACACAAGUGCCUUGUUGUUAAACUGAAAUGUAAUACCGGCUUAGCUUUUCGGAUUAAUCACAAGGAUCGUAUUAAGUCUCUGGGAUUUGAUCUGCACGAAGAAAACAAACACAUUUUAAGCUUUGGAAAGUUUACUUAGGUUCGAGUGUCGCCAAACGAGGGGUUUCAUUCGUAAACCUUGAUCAGAAUCUGGCGUCAGAUUUUAAGGAGCCACUGGACUUUAUUUAAAUUUUAUAGACGGAGGAGGAUUAAAAAAUUAACGUGUGUUUUUUCUUCAUAACCGAACAAUCACCGUUUGUUUUAUAUACGGUGUUCUGGACUUACAAUCCGUACGGACAUCUCACUGCUAGCUGCUAGUUUCCAGUGUUUAGGGGAAAAAACUAUCAAUUUAUCAAAAUUGACGAGUAAUAAAUAUAGAUAUUUGGAUUUCAUAUAGGUCACAUUUGUUUAUAUUUUCGCAUCAUUUAAAUAGUUUAAGAUCCAUGGUAAAUAGUGGAUAUCAUUAACGAUUUAGAGAGGGAUGUUUAUAUUGUAACUUUUCAUUUAUAAACAAGGGAGAAAAUUUAAGUAUAAUCUGAAGAUAGCGUAUAUCUGCCGGACUUAGAUAAAAGCCCAGUGCAUCGGUCAGUUUAGACGAGAUAAAAACCGUCCGUACAGGAAUAUCUGACCCAUAGAUUAGCUAAUUUAGAGCGUGGAAUGGACAUAUAAUUGUCUUAAUUUUGUGUAAAUUGAGCUGGAAUAUCUUGUGAAUUAUACACUGAUUUGAUGUGAAGUUAACAGAAGGUCAACGAAGACGUAUUAGUAGAAAAUAGAGAUAGGGUAAACAUCGUUCAUGAUAGAUAAAAAGUGAAAAUUGAAGGAACUGAAGGAAAUGAAAAACAUGGAGAAAUACAUAGCAAUAGUUUUGCUUGUAGCUUCACUAACAUCAGCAGAGAAGAAACAAUGCCAGGAAAUCAGCAUCCCAAUGUGUAAAGGGAUCGGAUAUAACUAUACAUACAUGCCAAAUGAAUUUAACCACGAUUCUCAAGAUGAAGCCGGCCUGGAGGUUCAUCAGUUUUGGCCACUAGUUGAGAUCCAGUGCUCGCCGGACCUGAAAUUCUUCUUGUGUUCCAUGUAUGCCCCAAUAUGUAUGGAGAACUACAAGCCCCAUCUACCAGCCUGCAGGUCUGUAUGCGAGAGGGCAAAGUCUGGUUGUGCCCCUCUGAUGCGCCAGUACGGGUUUGUGUGGCCAGAACGGAUGGACUGCAGUAAACUGCCAUACUACGGCGAGAAAGGAAAGCUAUGCAUGGACCGGAACAUAACCGACAGUUCAUCAACAGAUCGACCGCUCAGACCAGGGUCUGGCCAGAAGACUACACGGAAGCCACUUGAGCCGGCUGUAACAGAUAAUAAAGAUGUAGACAUUAUUAAUCCAAACACAAACAUUAAUGACUGGAAUAAAAAUCCCAACUUUAAUGACAUUUUUGAUCCGUACAAGAAAAUUGUGGAAGAUCAUGCAUGCACCUGCAAGUGUAGGUUGCAAUCUAUCCAGGAGUCGAGCCAGUACUAUAAUAAAGUUUCUUCCGGUGGUGUGAAAAAUUGUGGGAUGAACUGUACCAGUCCGUUCCUUAGUGAUGACGAGAAGACGUUCGCGACAUUCUGGAUCGGACUAUGGUCAAUCAUGUGUUGUAUUUCUACAUCAAUUACAUUGCUAACUUUCGUUUUAGACAUGACACGAUUUAAAUAUCCAGAACGACCAAUCAUAUUUCUUACCGGAUGUUACCUCAUGGUUUCCAUUGGAUACAUCAUCAGACUGGUUGUCGGCCAUGAAAACGUCGCUUGUGACGGAAGUAUGAUUCGAUAUUCAACAACGGGACCAGCGUCAUGUGUUUCCACCUUUCUUCUCGUCUAUUUCUUCGGAAUGGCUUCGUCAAUCUGGUGGGUGAUCCUUGCUUUCACUUGGUUCCUUAGUGCUGGUCUGAAAUGGGGAUCGGAGGCUAUUGCCAGUUAUUCACAAUAUUUUCAUUUCGCAGCAUGGCUGAUUCCCAGCGUGAAGAGUAUAGCGGUUCUUGCAAUGUCGAGCGUAGACGGUGACCCAGUUUCCGGGAUUUGUUAUGUUGGGAACCAAAAUAUUAACAAUCUGCGAGGAUUUGUAUUGAUUCCUUUGUUCGUCUACCUAAUUAUCGGAUCUACUUUUUUAAUAGCUGGCUUCGUGUCACUGUUCAGGAUCAGGAGUGUGAUUAAGCAUCAAAAUGGCGGGAAAAUCGAGAAGCUGGAGCGGUUGAUGAUAAGAAUAGGCGUGUUUUCUUUAUUAUAUACAAUUCCUGCCACUAUUGUGUUAGCUUGCUAUUUUUAUGAACAAUAUUUAAAAGACGAUUGGGAGAAAAGUGUGAUCUGCCCGUGUUCAGAAAAAUCCUCAAAACCAGACUUUGCGGUGUUUAUGUUGAAAUAUUUUAUGCUGCUCGUGGUUGGAAUCACCAGCGGUUUCUGGAUUUGGACUGGUAAAACUCUAGAAACCUGGAAAAAACUUUGUAACGGAAGUUUGUGCUGUGCAAACUCAGACUAUGCAUACUCAAGACCGCCGAUAAAAUACUCGCCUACCAGUAAUUCUGCUGUGUCCAGUCUACACAAACCGCCCGUUAGCCAUUGUUGAACAUGUGUGUAAAGAAUGUGUUAUAGGGCAUACAGGUUGUUAGUUUUCUCAGGCAUACAUAUGUGUAAAAAAAUAAACUUGUGUAUUGAUAAUUUUAUUGAUAAAAAAUACUACUAAUUUAAUGCCUUCUCCGUCUUUGAAUUUGUCUUUUUUCGUAAUAUUCAUUUAUUUCAAUUUCGUUUUGGAAAUUCAUUUACUGUGGCGGAUUGAAGGCUAAUUGCUUAACAGCAUUAGAAAUUGUAUUGUUAAUGGUGCAUUUACGUAAAGACAAACUGCCGUAACGUAACGUUAUUCAGUUUUUUUUUACGUUUAGGACAUGUUUUAUUAUAAUCUCUGAGAAAGAACUGGGGAUUUUUUUUUCAUAUUUCAGUUCAUUUGUGUUCAAACUUAAUAUGAAACAUUGAUCUUAUGAAACCAAGUUCUUGUUGAACUGUAUGUAUGUAUAAAGAAGUAACAGUUGUACUUUGUGUAGCCUAACUCGAGAUCAACUAUUGACCUCUGACUUUUAUGAGAUUAUAUACUUCUGAAAAGCCAUUUUAUUACCUUAAGGUAUUAAUUAAGGUCUUAUUCUUGUUGUGCAAUAAUUCGGAUACAUUCGGAUACAAAAUGCAUUUCUUUUAAUACAUGUUUAUGACUGGAUGUUACUCCGAAAAAAAAUCGUGCAUUCCCUUUUUGCACAAAACUGGUGUAAUUUUGCAUUUAUGUAAAGGAAAUGGCUCUCGGGCAACCAAUCAAAAAUCAUUUACUGUGAUCACGUGACAGCAUUUCGUCAUUAUUUGCAUAUGACAAAACAAUUUGUGUAUAUUUUGUUCAGUAAAAGAUGAAAAAAUAUGUUUUCAUUGUUUAAAUACAAAAUUGUUUUUUUUUUAGAAAUUGUUUUGUAUCGAAUUUGAUGAUUAUGUUUAAAUCUAUUUUGUAAUAUAAGAAUAUGUAUUUAUGUUUAAAUGGUUUUUGUAUAAAUGUAUAAAGUUUUGUGUGAAUGAGUUCCGGUAAAAUCGGGGCUUUUAAAUGAGUAUUUGUUGCAUAUCGUAUUUGACAAUUACCAUAUAUCUUACGUUAAAGGUGCUAUACUAUAAUAUAAAUAGGUGCAAACGUGAAAUCAAUGACAUUUGUACAAUAUUUUCAUUAUGAUAAUGGUUAAGAAAGUAUUUUAAAAAAAUAAAAUGUCUCGUUCAAA